AUGGCGGCGCUGCUGGGGGAGAGCCUGUUUGAGGUCAGCGCGCAGGGUCCCGCGCCCAUGAAGGACUACUUCAACCUGCAGGUCACUAAAACACAGGUGAUCUGGAGGUGGUGGAAGAUCUCCCUGAGGACCAACUCACGGAACACAAAGCCUGGAGAAGUCAGAGAAUCUCACAGCGACUAUUUAGAGGACAGCAGACUGCAGAGUAAUGAUGGUCAGGUGGCGAUGGUGUUCGGUCCUCACGUCUUGCAGUACUCCAGGGAUUUGUGCCAGGGUCAGUAUGAUUAUCUCCACCGUCUGCCUGACUCUUUACUCCUGAACAUCAUGGUCCAUUUGGAGCUGGAAGACGUUGCGCGGUUUGCGCUGACCUGCCGCAAGUUUAAAGAGCUCUGCAGCUCAGAGGAGUUCUGGGAGCAGACGGUGAGGAUGCACUGCGACACGGUCACCGCUGGGAUGGAGGAUUUGGCCAGGGAAGUGGGCUGGAGAACUGUUUUCUUCACCAACAAACUGCAGCUACAGAAACAGAUCAGCCGCCGGAAACUGAAGAGUGAAACAACCAGUGCUGGUCCAGGUUUUUCAGGCCUAAGGAUGGACGCUGUGUAUGGGCAUGGGGACUGGACCACUGAGCCUAGAAAUGGACUGAAGUGAAGAAUUGACCUGUCCAAGCUCCACAGUGCUUAUAGGUGCUGUAGAGGAUGUACAAGCU